CAUUAGCGCGGUGCUAAUGUUGGCUGUUAGCUAGCUGUGCUUGGCAAAAAAAAGCUGGCUAGCUGUGUCGGUGGCUUGUUUGUUGUCGUGACGUUUUGAAAUACACACUUCUCUGUGGUGUGCAGUCGAUUGGCAUGCUCGAGGAGCAAACGUCUAUGUCAACGUCCGCUGAGCUAUGCAUGAACAACGUUAAGGUAUCGGUUUCUUAGCUUGUUCACACACACAUGCUAAGCUAACAAGUCACCGAUUCAGCUAGCCUCUAUGCUACGGGGUACUGCUUUACGGCAAGACAAGGCCUUGUGUGUCUGUAACAGUUAAUGCUAGCCAGGCUUCGCCGUUGUCUGUCUUGCCAGACAAGGCCAUUUUGCUUUCAAAGCAGGUUAGUUCAGGUCAACAGAAACCCAUCAUGGCUUUGUUUUGUGUGGCUACGUUACUGGCAGAACCCGGUUUAGUCACGGAUGUGGAGGAAGUGAUGACUUAUGUUUACUCAAAGUAACGACUACGGCUGCUGUCAGAGAGCCACCGUGACUGUGUGUGCGUGUGUUUGACCUGUUUCAAAGGGGAGGACGAGUGAAUGUCAGCUUUUUGUUGUUAUUGUUCCUGAGAUUACCCUGAUCUGCUUUAUUGCAUCUUUACCUCUGUGUGCAGCAGCUGAGCACGUAUUGUAAACGUGGACACCUGUAGAUGUAUUAGGAACUGUGCUGCUAGAAACAGAACUGUAAUGGUAACCUGGUAUGACCCUAUGAUUGAGUUACUUCAGUCAAGUAAGGGAGCCCCCAGUGUCUUCAUUGAUGCAAAAGCUUCAGAUGUAAAAAUGCUGCAACAUGAAAUGCAUGAACUGGGCAGUAUGUUAAGUUUGCAAGGUUGAAAACUCUUGCUGUUAGUGUGCACCCUGUGAUGAUUGGAGAUGACUUAUUCUCAGUUGGAAAUAUAGAAUCUUUUAAUUAAUCCUGUCAGAGGUUUUCAUUAUCUUUACAUGAAGGGGGAGCAUGCAGAUGGGAAACACAUACUCGAGCAGAAAGAUGUCAACAUGCAAAAUGCAGUGCCUUUUAAUGUAUGAUUGUGUUAGUAGUCAUAUGACAUGCAGGUGAGCCUGUUUGUACAUGUUCUUCUCAAUAUACUUAUGCUCCACAAACACAUACAAUAACACAACAGAACAGUUUGUCAGAUGACACCUUUAGAGCUGAGCCUAUACAGAGACUGUAUCGCCAAACUCUAGGUGAAGAACCUUGAGGUCAUCCUGAUAUUGCUGGUUCAAUUGCAACAGUGUUGGAAAUAAGCACCAGACACCAGCCGAAUGCUGGUAAAAUAUGCAAGUGGCUGCUAAUUUGCUUCACUCACCCGUCACCAAAAAAUAAUGAUCUGUUAAGGGGUGAUAGAUUUUGGAAUCCACCAGCCACAGUGGCAUGUGGACAGGAAAGUUAAUUUCCAACCCUGACUGUUAAUGUCACACAUUGUGCUUUUAAUGACCUUUGUUCACGUUAAUUUGAUAAUUACUGACAGCAUAUUAUACAGCUUGUUGAAACAGAGCAGAUAUAAUAGGGAUAUCUAUUUUGGAUAUGUACAUGGGCAUAAAAAGUCCUUUGGUCAUCAAUUCAGUAUGUUACUGAUGACAGAAGUAUUUGUCACAUUAUUUUCCUGAUUGACAACCAGCAAAUGUUUCCCUUUUCAUGACUAACAAUCAAAAAACAAACAAAUGAAAAUGCUUAACUUUUUACUAGGGGUUUACCAAUAAUGGAUUUUUAAAGGCUGAUUUAAUAACAAUAGUUUGGAACAUGCAACUUGACAGCCAAAUAAUCACCCGAUAUCACCCCCAAGCCCCACAGAAAAAAAUCUGACGGUGGUGGAAAUGAGCUGUCUUUGACUUUACAACAAACUGGAUAACAGUCAAACUGAACAUCAGAGUGUUAAAUACUUAAGUACAUCAAUCUGGAUCACUAAAUAUUAACUGAUGAAUACCUACAUAGGUACAUAAAUCUGGAACUGAACAUAAAACUAACUGUAAAAAUACAGGUGGGAGUGAUUAUUGUUUUAUAGCUAUUAAAGGAUAACUUCAGCAUUUUUCAACCUGGACCCUAUUUCCCCAUGUCUAUUGAUCAAAAAGACUGAUGUGAACAACAAUUUUUGAAGUUGGUCCAGUAUUGAGGGAGCUGCGGAACGAGCUAUAAUGGAAGCACAUGGGGCAACUAAACAUCGUCACUGUAUGUCCAUUAAAAGUAGUUAUUUUUGACACUCAGAUUGUUGUUUGUCUAAAGUGUCCCUUUACCUUUCACUUGAUCCAAUGUGUUUGUUAUUACCUCCUUACACAGAAGUCUCCUUCUGAAAUAUCGCAGUAUCACCAGAUGUCACUUGUUGCAGGAAAACAACAGUGGAAAUUGUGUCUGAGUUCUGGAGAGAGUAUAGUAAUCAGAGUAGUUUACAUUUUACUGUAGUUCAUUGUUAUCUGAAAGAUAUUUAGUGUCAUGGAUGAUGAUUUACCUGAUUUCUGGAUGACGCCUUUGGAUUUGACCGCCGCUGCAUUUAUGUGAACGGAGUAUAUGCUGAGAAGAGUGGUCAAGGAGAGAGAGAGAGGAAAGAGGCAGCGGAGGCUCUGCAGGAUGGAAAGCAGAGAGACCAUGGAGUUUCUGAUGUUGCUGUGACCCUCUCCCCACAGAGGGAAAAUGCCUAUGUUGUAAGGAGUGGUUCAGAUUUGUGCAUUUCCGACCUGUGCCGACAAAAUGAGGAUUGAAUCUCCGAGCAGUUGUCAUACACCUUGUUGGAUAUAGGUGCGCUAGAGUUUUGGCUAGUUGUGCUACAAAUGGAUCCUAACACACCUGUCCAUACACUGCCCAUGAAGACCUGCAGGUCUGCAAUGACCACAGGGAUGACUGCUACCAAGAGCAGAAGAUAUCAGGAGCUUAUUUUCUUAAAGAAAACUACUGUUCCAAGAGUGGAUUUACCUGCUGCAGACAAGUGGAGAGGUCCCCACAUUUCAAGAGAAGACGAAGGCCUUAUUUGGAAAUCUUAUGGACGAAGAAAUGAGUCGCCAGACUGCCACCGCGCUGCCCACAGGAACCUCCAAGUGCCCCCCCUCCCAGCGCGUGCCCACCCUGUCAGGCACCACUGCCUCCAACAGCGACCUGGCCAGCCUGUUCGAGUGCCCUGUCUGCUUCGACUAUGUCCUACCCCCUAUCCUGCAGUGCCAGUCUGGACACCUGGUAUGUUCCAACUGCCGGCCCAAGCUCACCUGCUGCCCCACCUGCCGAGGCCCUCUGGGCUCCAUCAGGAACCUGGCCAUGGAGAAGGUGGCUAACUCUGUCCUCUUCCCCUGCAAGUAUGCCUCAUCGGGCUGCGAAGUCACGCUGCCUCACACCGACAAGACGGAGCACGAAGAGCUGUGCGAGUUUCGGCCGUACUCCUGCCCCUGCCCUGGCGCCUCCUGCAAGUGGCAGGGCUCCCUGGACGCUGUCAUGCCUCACCUGAUGCACCAGCACAAGUCCAUCACCACACUGCAGGGGGAGGACAUCGUGUUCCUGGCCACUGACAUCAACCUCCCGGGCGCCGUGGACUGGGUAAUGAUGCAGUCCUGCUUCGGCUUCCACUUCAUGCUGGUGCUGGAGAAGCAGGAGAAGUAUGACGGCCACCAGCAGUUCUUUGCCAUCGUGCAGCUCAUCGGGACCCGCAAACAGGCCGAGAACUUCGCCUACCGGCUGGAGCUCAAUGGGCACCGGCGCCGCCUCACCUGGGAGGCCACGCCGCGCUCCAUCCACGAGGGCAUCGCCACGGCCAUCAUGAACAGCGACUGCCUGGUGUUCGACACGUCCAUCGCACAGCUGUUUGCGGAGAACGGCAACUUGGGCAUCAACGUCACCAUCUCCAUGUGCUAAGAACUUUGAAGAGAAGAGGGUCAAAAAGUUACAGAUUGUCAGGGGGCAUUUUUUAAGGGGGUCAAAUCGGUUGUGACCUCACAGCGCUAACCCCCUUUCUGCCUCACCCCUUGAGACGUGGAACUGGACUGUCUGAUCGGGCAGCCGCGGAGGCCCAGGGGGUGGGAUGGAUAAAUGGAUGGAUGGAUGAAUAAAACAAGGACAUGACUGUGUAGUGAUGGCUAUAGACUUCUUAACAAACACACAAACAUAUGUGAGACUCUUGCACGCACAUGCAGUCUCGCCCUCUCUUGGUCAUAAAACAAGGACAUAAACUGAAAAGCUGUUCAGUCAAACUCGCUUGUCAAACUCCCGUCUCAUCAAGUGAUUUUUCCCACCGCUCUUAUUUUAGUGUCUCUCUUUCUUCUCUUCCCCUCCGUCAUCCUCAGACAUUUCAGACACUACAGCUCUGCGACCUUCACCCAGAGACGCUGGAGGCCAGUCAUCACUGAGCAGCCCUGCGCCCUGACAGCCACACACUGAGGAGGGCUCAAGCUAUAUUUCAAUAUGGACUCCCGGUCAGUGCUAGUCAGCUAUCUAGCCACACCUACCCCCAACCCCCCGAUUCCCUGCUGUUUGUAUUCCACCUCAGUACCACUCAGACCUCCUGGAUUGAACGGUUCACACGCUACCGACACUCGUAGGGCUCCAACCGUGGCUGGCUUUCACCUCAGCGGGCGUCUUCAUGUAUUAGCUAGCUCAGAGUGGAACCCAAAGCUCAUGAAGUUCUGUAACGCAGAUUUGGGUAUUUAGCUUCACCUGUGACUGACUUUGCUAUUGAUGGCUGGGACUGGAACCGCCGCCCACAGACAUGGACGGCUGUAGCACCCAUAACCAUUGACAUCCAGUUAUGUCCAAGACAGCAGUCGGUCUACACAACAUCAGGCUCAUCUGGUUUCCUUCCGGCCCACAUCUGGUCCACCCGAAGCUAAAGAUUGUGCAUCGGACGCUCUUUAAAUAGUUGACUGUCGUUGUUGAUAGUUCUUAGAACAGACUCUGCUCUCAUACUGUAUGGAUUUAAGAAGGCCCUCAGCUACAUCAGCCCUGGAUUUUUUUUUAUUAUUAUUAUUUUCAUGGAAUGGACACCACAGUGGAGUUCUCACACACACAAAACACACACCUGUUCCUUGCAUUACAGGCCAUGUGUGCAGGUGUACUAGCGAAUGAGUUGAGUGCGUGUCGGAGCAUCUUUGACCGAGGAUUAGAGGGGUCUUUUUGAUGUUUUUCAGAACGAGGAAGAAAAAAAAACACUGCAUUUCAGUUGAGUCACAGUUUUCUUUUGGGGUUUAUUUUAUAAGUCUGUUUCUUUUUAAUUAUUUUAGUUGUCUUUUUUUUGUAUGAGAGGAGCAAAGAACUCCUGAUAUGUGUGUGUGUGUGUGUGUGUGUGUGUAUGUAUAUGUGUGUGUGUGUGUGUGUGU